AUGUCCUUACGACGCUCACUCCGUGGCCGCACCGUGCGGGAUGACCCUCCAAAUAUAGAAUCUAACAUGAGUACCAGGACAACUCGACAAUCCCGGCUGGUCGCAUCGCUGCCUUCUGUGACAGUGGUCCGGAACCCGUCGAAGUCUCCGGAGGGCACUAGAAAAUCAAUUCAUCUCACGGUCAGGAUGCCGUCAAAUAAGCUUCGGGAAGCGACUAGCGGUAGCUCGCGAACCACUGCGGCGUCGAGGCGCUCGCACAAUGUUUUUACUGACAACCCCAUUGUUUCUGGCCCACGGGCUAGCCGGUCAAAGAAGAAGCUGGUAGAAGUGAAUACUAGCGACGAAGAGGACCUGGAAGACCAGGAAGAGGAUGAAGUUGACGAUGAGGAGGAUGCACCUGGCGAAGAUGAUGACGAGGAUGCCGACGCAGACGCCGACGCAGAUGCCGAUGGCGAUGUAGAUAUGGACGAUGCUCCACCUCAGCCGCCAGUAUCAAAACGGCAAGCAAGGGCUGCUGUGGCCUCUGCGCCUGGCGGGAAGCCAGCGAAGAGCGUUGAGGCCAAAGAAAUGGAGCUUGAGGAUGAGGACGACGAAGAUGAAGAGGAGCUCUCCGAACCCGAAACAGAUGGAGACGGCGAGCCUGACGAUCAGGACGAAGGUGUAACGAUCAACGCGGGUGAUGGGGAGGAGCUGGACGAGGAUGAAGAAGAAGACGAGGACCUUGAUCUAAGUGAUGAUGAGACGCCAGGCGGCGGUGAUAUGAGCCGGCUCACAAAACGCCAGAGAGGCACUCUUGGCAACGACUUUUUGCAAUUACCAAUGGGUUCGUUCGUCACCGUAUAUUCAUGA